AUGAAUGGGGACAAGGUUGAAGCCGAAUCGAACCUUUCUUGGUCACCAUACGGAGUCUCAACGGGCAAGUUGGUCAAGGAUGAUGGUCGGGAUAGAUACGUGAGUGGAACCUUCUGGGAAGCCUUGCAUACUGAGGACGACAUGAGUGACGGCAUGAUGAGCGAAGAAGAAUCGGAUUACGAGGGUACGGGCGCAGCCUUGGCACCAAAUAUCUCACAGUAUUCUUUCAUCUUCAGCACCAGCACUCGAGAUACGGAGAGCCCUUCAUCACACCCUCCACAGCAUCACAGACUCAAGGCCUGGCACCUUUUCAAGUCAAAUAUACACCCCGUGGCUACUGUUUUACACAUACCGUCUGUCGAACAGAUGGUGCUGGGAGCGAUACAAAACCCGAAGGACCUAGCUCCCAACGUGGAAGCAUUGAUGUUUGUCAUCUACUUUGGCGCCGUGAACAGUUUGCCAGAGGAUGACACCCCACUUCAGUUUGGAGAGGAGCAGUCGGUGUUACUGACUAGGUUUAGGCGCGACGCAGACGCUGCCUUUACCCGGUCCAGAUUGAUGGAAACGGACGACAUGCUCACCCUGCAAGCAUUUGUUGCCUAUCUGAUUCUACUUCGUUGCCGCGACCCCACGUACUCCUGGACCAUGACAGGCUUGGCUGUCCGUUUAUCACAGUCUCUCGGCAUGCACCGGGAUGGGAGCACACUUAAUCUACCGCCGUUCGAAGCAGAGAUGCGACGUCGUCUUUGGUGGAACUUAUGCGUUCUAGACACGCCAGCAUCUGAGGACUAUUCGUGCUCCUCUGGACUCUUAGAGCUCAGUAGCUUUAACUCCAGGCGGCCUAUGAAUGUGAACGACUCCGCUCUGUACCCCGGCAUGACAGAAUACCCAAGGGAACAAGAUGGCAUCACGGACAUGUCUUUCACCGCUGCUCGCUGCUGGGCGUCGAAUCUGUGGCGGACCAUGAUCGACACACGCCAAAUCGACCCGGAUACAGGGUUAAGCUUCGCGUCAAUGACAACCACUGAUAAAGAAGCGUGGGUUGAGAAGCAGCGAAAGAUUAUAUAUGCUCGUUUUCCUGAAGACCCAACAUCGCGGGAGCCUCUUUACUGUCUCACAAUGUCCUUUAUCGGAACCAUCAUUGCCAAUCUGCGAAUCAUGGUGCUCAAUCCGUUAGGGACUGGAGUAUCUUUGACCGACGAACAAAAACGCCAAGUCUUCCAGGGGGCCAUUGAGUGCAUGAUAUAUUCGUACAGAUUACGGACUGACCCUUUGCUGGCAAAUUGGUCAUGGCUGACGAAGUGCUACAAUGAGUGGCAUGCGUUUGCCAUCAUACUGUCUGAGCUUUGCAACCAGCCGUUGAGUAGGGACGCCGAUAAGGCUUGGAGAGUCGUAGAACAGAGUGCGGUGCUCCGCUGGGACUCUUCAACGAAGCAUAGCCGAGUGCACCAGUGGCGCUCUGUCAUGAAAACUAUCGAGAUAGCUCGGAGACGAAGAAAGAACGGAAUGAGGCGUCGGAAGUCGUCAUCUCUGUCAGCCAAGCAUUCUAACCCUGCUGCAUAUAGAGGAGGAGACUCCACCAUUGGAGGGCCGACAAGGGUAGGUGGUCUCUCGACAAGGCAAAAUUCCAUCUACACGCAAGGCAACCAAGCUUCGCUUGAGACAUUCUCCAAUCCUGGUCCGCAGAUGCAGGAGUUCCAGAGUGCGAUGUCUCAAGCGGACCAGAUGAUGAGGCAGUUGGAAGACGCUGAUGACAUGUGCGACUUCACUAGCGAAGACGGCAGAUUAUAUUUCGCUGAGAGCUAA